UCACUGACAUGUGGGUGAGUAGCAGCUAUAAAUACGGUGUUCUGCAGGUGAAGCUGUCGACAAUUGGGACAUAUUACCUGGACGGUGUAGCGUUAUGAUUUUCCUGCGGCUGGGCUGUGCCUCGUCAAGUAUUACUCGUAAUGAAAACCCGAGCCUAGUCACAGAGAUAAAGGCAUAGAGAGUGUGGCGAAGCAAUUUCCCCACAGGUACAUUUUUCUUCUGUUUAUGGACUGUUUGAAAAAUUAUCGACGUCUGCUGGAGAUGUUCCAGGUGACGGGCUCACUGGUCGGCACAUCCACGGGGCUAAUUGGCACGAUCCUCCCGAUGAGUUAGGGCAUCGCCCCGCUCUCCAUCGAUUCUCGGUUCCUGCCCUCCAAUAUCUGAAAAACAGCGGUUCUUGUACGGUUUAUUGACAAUAUACAUAGCAAUCGGAGUGACAAUUUUGCUGACGGUGCGGGUAAACGCCGACGGCGUGUGUCUGUAAUACUCCAUAUUGCUACACGGCGAGGGCCUGCAUCACGCCUCUGUGUAAUUGCUUUCUGUGUUUCACCGUGUCAAAUUGUUGCGGAGGCAUUGAUCGGGCAUUGGCAGCUUGUAUAUCACUCCAGCGGAUGAUACGAUCCAGAGUUUGGAUAAAAAGAAAACUCCAAAACUCCGUCUGAGGACAUUUUAGACUUCCGCCUACGGACUCUUCUCUUUAAUUCCUUGCCGCCGCAGUUGGAGAGUGCUUUUUAAAAACCAAAGAUACUUGGAAAGAUAGGUCUUUCCUGCUUCGCGUUUCGACGCCGUCUUACCGUACAUUGUCGUCGACGCCAAAGAAAAAGAGAUGAACUCAUAGUCGUGUUUGACUGGUCAGUCGUGCACAUCUAGGAAACAGAGUCUUACAUUCACGACUAAAAUGGUAUGCGGACCACGAGUAAAGUGCAUUACUGAUGGGCCCCGCUGCCAAGUGCAUAUCCUGUCAUCGUUGAAGUGCGCGGGGUUAAACGACGCACUUUAAUGCCACAAGCCGGAACGAAUGACUGUUGGACGCAGUGCCUGUGAGUCGGUCGUCCGUCUACCCCGGCCCCAUUAGGCUCGCGAAAGGAGGCCGUAAGUUCCUGCACUCUACUUCUACUGGCGGGCCAUCACCGAGUGCAGACGAUCAUUCGCCGACAUUUCGAAAGGUAAUCAAGAACAUUAAUCGCCGGUGUACUUUAUUUUAUGUGCGUUUACGUUAACGCAAGUCAAGUUGCUGAGUGACGGAAAAUUGGACUCAAUUGGAUGGUUGGAGAUUAAUUGGUGUCUGGAGGAAAACAUUUAUGGACCAUUUUGUGGACUAACGGUAAAUACGCGACGUAUACUCGACAAUUUAAGUCAAGUUUGGAGAUGCUGUGUCGUCAGGUAUUAUACGGCAAUCAAUAUACAUACAGCGCUAACUACCAGACAAUUGGGCUACACGACCGGUCACUGUUCUUCCCUGCUUGAUUGAAAAAGCUGGGUAAUAAAAAUCCUUAACUCGUGCGUGCAACCUCUGUAUUGCUUCUCAGAGUCUCGGCUGAUAAGUAACCGUAUUUCUUGCUUAUACAAUUGGCAGUACGUAGUCGAUCUCAAAACUGUUUAAACGAUUUACAGAGUAGCCAGCCUAGGAGACAAUUAUGGCAGCUGAGUUAGACAAUUUAGGAAAAGUAGGUGGUACCGGGGAGCCCCAUAUGAACGUGGAGUCGGACAACUCGUCCAUUCUGGGCGAUGAGUAUUGGGACAUUGCGCUCCAGGACAAAAAGCUAACGCAGUACGACGCUACAGAAAUCACCAUUGUCACUGUCAUCAUGCCGUGCAUCCUGGUGGUUGGCCUGGUGACAAACUCGACAUUCCUGUUUGUCAUCCACCGGGUGACCUGGAUGAGGACCAACGUGAACACCUACCUCCUCAACUUGGCCGUCGCCGACAUCUUGGUCCUGAGCCUUGGGGUCGGGGACAAGCUGUGGCACUACAUGAAGACGCCGUUCUUGUCGGACGAGACAUUCCGCGGGGUUGCCGGAUGCGUGCUGUCCGGUCUCCUGGUGGACUCCGUCUACUUCACCGGGUUGUUCCUCAUCACCCUGGUGUCGGUGCAUCGCUUCAACGCCGUCUGCCGUCCCCACUCUGGCAGCCACCAGCAGACCAAAGCCAGCACCAGGCGCUGGAUCGCCGGCGCGUGGCUUGGAGGAAUCCUGCUGGCCGGCAUCCUCAUCCCGAGCUACUGCAAACUGGUACUCUACGACCUACCCACGUGGCCGGACACCCCGAAGUACAACAGGCUCCCGCAGGUGAUCGGGUUCUGCCAACCGGUCCGAACGUGGAUGAUCAUGGCGGCCAACUUAGUCCAAACUGUGCCUUUCUUCGUGGUGAUGACCGUCAACACCUUCCUGUACAUACGCAUCAUCAUGUCCCUGAAUCACAUCGUGGCAAAGGGAAGCGAGUUCGGCUGCAAGGACGUCAACGAACGCAUCCGAAACAGAGUCACCAAAAUGCUGGUGGCUAACGGCUGCGUCUUCUUCAUGUGCUUGUUCCCUUUCGAGCUAGCCUCCAUCCUGUCCUUCGCAGGAGGCGUAGACAUCGGUGCUGCCUGGAUUCACGGUUUUCAAAUGUUACUGUACAUCAAUUCCACCGUCAACCCCAUCAUCUACGGGAUCACAAACUCCAAGUACCGUAAGGCCUAUGUGUUGGCCUACACCUGCUACAAGCAAAAGUCCAGGGACAUGGUGAAGUAUGAGUUGAGUAUACCUUUAAACCGCAUGAAAGAUAGGCCCGCCACGGAUGUAACUGAUUGCAGGGUGCGCGGAGGAGACUCGUAGUGGAGAUGUACAGUAUAAACCCAUGUAAAUAUGUAAUCAGAAUUAAUCAAGGUAAAAUAACUGUGCAAAAUAAACACCUCCGCAGUGGCCCGUCUUAGUCUUACGUGAGCCAUCAUCAGGCAUUGGAAAUCCCAAUGCGUCUGUGUCCCAUAUGCCACAUUGCUUGAAAAUUAGUUUCAUUACAGGACAAGCCACUAAAGUUAGGUCCGUCAAUUCAUCAGAUGCGCCCCUUUACUUGACUUUUGAAGAGUGCCAAUAUCGUUCGAUAAUCAGUUGGUAGAGCACUGGACUUGUUUUCCAGUGGUCUAGGGUCCGAUCCCUGUUCGGCCAUAAUACGUAAGCGAAUGGGUUUUACAAAAAGUAAACGAAAGGAGAUUGUUAUCAAAAUAUCCAUUUACCUGAUUCCCUUGAAAAGCGUUUUCGUUUAUGGUUUGGUUUUCUUUUGUUCGUUUGAAAUCUAUGUUCUUUCUUGCUCUAAAGAGUAAAGUAGUUUUCCCCUGUAAACAAUGUACGAAAGCAGUGUUAGUUUGCCAAGAUUCCUUGUCUUUUUACUUUUUCAUUUUGUGGGCACUCACCGUGUGGCAACGGCACUUUUUUUUAGCCCUCCCACUCGCAAACGAUCGUGACUCGCGGCCCCAAAUCACGAAUUACCGUGGAACUGUCGGGUGCCAUAGCGUUGUGGGCAGUACCCACAGGCUGCUGUACGCCAACCGUAUAGUGGGCGAGCUUUCUAAGUUGGACAACGUGUCGUUCCAAUCGAGUCGGGAUCCGUCUGUCAACCCGCCCAACUGUUUUGACACACAGCCCCCUCGCAAGACAAAUUGAUGAUCCUCCGCGUGAAGUCACGCGGAAGAGGUAAACGAACCUGCCAACCGUGCCGUGGCCACAUUGGUGAUGGCAAGCCGCGAUUAUACAAUCUCGUUAGUCGAUCACGUCUGUCUGUUUUCUCUUGUCAUGUAUCAUUGCAGCCAUAGUAACAUACGACAUUUGGAGUCAGUGUUAUCAGUAUCAACUUCAAAAUAAUGUGUGAAUAUGGUAUUUACAAUGUAACUACAUAUUUGUUAUGAGCUUAUACACGAAUCCGGGCGCAUACGCUCUUAUUGGAACACCUCUCUUUUGGCAGCGCACACUUUGGCUAUUGUAGCUGCCGCAAUGCUGCGGACAAAACAGCGGUGUCCCUUUUGCGUCAUGUAUUGACAAGUCCGGGUUCGUUUUUAUCAAGAUGUCUGAAUUUGUAUCUUUUUUGUUUGACUGCGUAAUGUACACCAUGCCUAAUGCACUACCAGUUGGUAACAGAUUCUGUUAGCAGAGUUGCUGCGCGCGCAUUGAAAAACUUGAUCAAAAUUACCCGAAGCAAACAGCUGGGGACUGUGCAGACUGACGCUUCUAGCAAAGGACUGUCUAUUAAUUAGUUCGUAUUAACAACUGACACUUCUUACGCACGAUCUUUACUCUGUAUUUCAGCACGGACUCAGGACUCUGACAGGCCACAGGCGAACCGUCUUGCGGACCAAAGUGCGUCUUGACUUGCGACUAACUCUUGUUAAUACUGAUGCAGUGAUAUUUUAGGAAGUUAUAAGGAAGAAGACACGAGGAAGCUAUAAUUGCGCUCAUUGAGUGAUAAGUUAUUUCAUUUGUGAGGUGAGCUGAGGUGCGUAGCCAAAACACAGUCAUUGGACUUAGCUUACGCACAAAAUGCAGUGGUAACUGUUUGUAUAGUUCGUCGUGACAUUGAGCACGGACGUUGCAGACGAUCAGACAGUAAAAGGGCCUCGAAUCAAGACCAGCCAUAUCGACCCAGUUUCGCGCCCAUGCGGUCUGCUCUCAGCGUAUUAAAUCAUUCUGCAUUGAUGGUCGGCGGAAUCAUUGAAACGCCAAGGUAAUUGCGAAGAUCGUCUUCCCUUCCGUAGGAGGAUCCGGACAGGAAAUGACCUUGAUUCCAGACGUAACUGUCAUUCAAGAGCUUAGGGUGUACAUAGUUAAUAGCUGUACUUCGGGAAACAGAGGUGAACGCUCACAUGGUAAUGACAUAGUAUACAAAAAACUCAGUUGUUUACUGCCAUGGUGUGCAUUGCUUGUAAGAUAUGUAUAGGUUUUCGUUCUGUAUGGUUGUUAUUGUAUUUAAUGUACAUAAUAAUUCGAGAUAACGACAUUUACAUGUAUUGGGUGUAGCGCUGUGCAG